UUCAAGUCUUGGUUCCCUGUAAUAUUAUCUGUUUUAAAUAAUAAUAAAAACCAUUUUAACGAACGCAGUUGUGAGCAUUAUAAUACCCUAAAUUUAGGCAGUCUAUGGAUUAUUUGAAACCCCAGUUGGCAGCGCUUUUUCGAUGUUUCUGACGACCGGCCGGAAUUUUUUCCGUGUUUUCAGUUCUCGACAUAUAGCAACCUGUGGUGCUAGAAUGGCGAGCGAAGUGGAAAAAUCGCAGACUGCAGCUGCCAGUGAAGAUACUAUUUUUGGAAAGAUUUUGCGCAAGGAGAUUCCAUGCACUUUUAUCCACGAGGAUGACAAGUGUGUGGCCUUCCAUGAUGUGGCUCCCCAGGCACCAACACAUUUCCUGGUGAUCCCUCGCAAACCGAUUGCCCAACUCUCGCUGGCUGAGGAUGGAGAUGCUGAUCUGCUGGGACAUCUCAUGUUGGUGGGUCGCAAGGUGGCCAAGGAUCUGGGUCUGAAGGAGGGAUACCGUGUGGUCAUCAACAAUGGCAAGCACGGUGCCCAGUCCGUUUACCAUUUGCAUUUGCACUUUCUCGGCGGUCGCCAGAUGCAGUGGCCUCCGGGAUAGGGAGAAACUAUACAACCCAGAAGAUCUAAGAUCAUGUAAUCCCAAGGACUCUAAGAACUCCAAGAGAAAUAUAAAAAUAAAUUAUGUAAAUGGAAGAACCAUUUAUAUUUUGUUUACUU